AUGGCGUCUCAGAUCAGCUCAUCAGCUGCUGUCGUUCUUCUCAUCCUCUGUCAAACAGCUUACGUUAACUCAGCCUCAUGGGCUAAUGGUUGGGAAGGGUCAUCUGCAGCUGGAUGGAGCAGUUCUCCGAAGGGAAGUUUUGGCGGUUCGUCAGGGAGUGGCUGGGGAGUAAGAAUUCUCAGGAAACAAACACAUCACCGCGGCAAUCAACCCGGUUCGUCGUUGAAUCGUGACACAGAUAUGGAUACAACUUCACCACUUAAGUUUGCUCAUUUCGAUGAGAAUAUUCAACGAAAGAUCACAAGAGGUGGCACUGAUUACGUGUUAUCAUCUCAGGCAACUGGUAGUAGAAUAAGUAGUGCUGAAGAGCAUAGUAUCUCGAUUCCUGCAGAUAAUGCUGGAAAGUACGGUGCAUCACCAGAGACUGAAAAUUAUCCAGCAGACGACGAAUCAAUCGAGUCCCAAAGCGUUUGGGAAACUCGCGGUUCA